UUAAGCUUCCCUUUCUCAAUAUGUCUGCUGCUCAGAGGACACUGCCCGAGUGCUGGGGCCACCGUGGGGCCUCUGCCGCCUUCCCGGAGAACACACUCGCCAGUUUCGAAGCCGCCAUGCGCGACGGCGCCGAGGGUAUCGAGAGCGACGUCCACAUUUCCGCGGACGAUGUCGUCGUCAUGUUCCACGACCCCUCGCUGGAUAGGACGACGAACGGCACAGGGCUGAUCAGGGAGCAGAAUUGGUAUGGUGAGGAGGGCAUGCAGCACCUGCGCACGGUCAAGAAGCCCGUGCAGGCCAUCCCGACCUUUGCAGAGGCCGUUGAGCUGCUCAUGAAGUCUGAGAAUCGACACGUCAAGUUCAACGUCGAUGUCAAGCCCCAGAACAAUCCUGGGCGGCUAUUCUUCCUCAUGCACAGUAUCAUUUCCUCGCACGAGGGCUGGCAGACUGUCCUCGCACCACGCAUCCUCCUCGGUCUCUGGCAUCCGACAUUCCUUCCGCACGCGCAGGAGCAUCUGCCUUACUGCCGCCGGUCAUACAUUGGCGGAGACACCGAUAUCGCGCGCAAGUACUUCUGGAAAGACGUCAGUACCUUCUCCAUGUCGUUCGGUUCCAUGACGACCGUUGAUGGCCAGAGGUUCCGGAAGGAGUGCAAGGCAGCGGGGAAGAAUAUUAUGGUGUGGACCGUGAACGAUCCAGAGUGCAUGAUGGAGGCCGUACGGUGGGACGUCGACGUCAUCCUCACGGAUAGGACCAAAACAUGGCUUGGUCUUCGCUCUGCGCUGCAAGUUGAUUAUGACAAAAUUGCACGUCAACACGGACGCCUCUUUCUGUGGACGACGAUGCGUUACUACACACCUGUGCAGAUCUUUGCGCGUAGGGCCAGUAAGACUAGACUUGAGAACAUCGUGGGCCCGUUUGAGGCUGGCGUCGUUCCAUCAGUGCAGUAGACAGAUCUAGAUCCACAGCAUACGACAUUUGCAAGUUUCUCUGUUUAAUUUCGUACUCGUUGAAUAGCGUAGAAGGGUUCCAUUCAGGACGAUUGAGUUGUCGUUAUAAUCUCCAGACGUGAU